CGCGCCGAGGUCGGCCUCUGUCAGUUCCAGCAGGGAGCCUAUCCUCCUCUUCUCUGGGCGGGUCCAGUCUGAAAGAUACGUUUACGAAGAAAGCUCGCCAACUAAAGUAUCAGCGUAGACACAAACAUGGCGCCUGCCUCCGCCGACAACUUCACAUGAAAGUGCGGGGAAGAAGAAGAAGUGGACGGCAAAGUUUUUGAAGGAGUGUAAGCGAGGAGCCCUUUCUACGCGCGCCUUCCUGGUUUGCACGAGCAGACGUACGGAACAUAUCAAGCGGGUUAAAACAGCAAGCUGCCUUCAUGUCAACAUUGUGUCCUGCUGCAGUGUAAACAGCUGGUACGCCCAGCCAUGAUCGAGGACAAGGGUCACCGUGUGACCGACUACUUUGUGGUAGCUGGGCUGACGGACAAGUCCAAGCCCCUGGAGCAGGACCUAUCAGAGACGAAGUCCGGCGGGCCCAAAGCACCUAUCACCGACUUGGCUGUCAUUAACAGGUCGGCAGGAGAAACUGUACCGGAGGGCUUCACUUGCAUCGACAUCACCUACAGCGGCCAGCCAGCUAACCUUAAUCAUGGCAGUCUUAAGAGCCCGGAGCUAUUUCUGUGCUACAAGAGGAGUCGAGGGAAGUCUCCACUCAUUGAUAUCGGGGUGCUGUAUGAGGGGAAGGAGCGUCUGAUCCAGGGCUGCGAGGUCAUCCAGGCCACGCCGUACGGCCGCUGCGCCAACGUCAACAACAGCUCGGCCACCUCGCAGCGCAUCUUCAUCACCUUCCGCCGAGCGCCGCCUGUGCAGCCUCAGAACUCUCUGGCAGUGACAGACAUCUGCGUCAUUGUCACCAAUAAAGGCGAGACACCCCCACACACCUUUUGUAAGGUGGAUAAGAACCUCAACUGUGGCAUGUGGGGCUCCAAUGUGUACCUGUGUUACAAGAAAUCAGUGUCUGCGUCCAAUUCUAUCAGUUACAAAGCUGGUCUCAUCUUUCGUUACCCAGAAGAGGACUAUGAGUCUUUCCCUCUGUCAGAAUCUGUGCCUCUGUUCUGUUUGCCUAUGGGUGCCAAGAUUGAGUGUUGGGCGCCUCACACACGAGAUCCUCUGCCUGUCUUCUCCACUUUCGUCUUAACCGUCUCUUCUGCUGAAAAGGUGUAUGGAUCAGCCAUUCAGUUCUACGAGCCGUAUCCAGUGGAGCAGUUGAGUGAGAAGCAGAAGAUCCAGCUGGGUGUGCUCUCCACAGUGGAGAAGAAGAUGAUCCCAAACCGACCUGUAAACACCAACAAAUGUAUCUGCGUGCUCUCCCGCUGGCCCUUCUUCGAGUCCUUCCGCAAGUUCCUCAUGUUUUUAUACAAGCUGUCCGUCUCAGGCCCACACCCACUGCCCAUUGAAAAGCACAUCUCACACUUCAUGCACAAUGUGUCCUUCCCUUCCCCUCAGAGGCCAAGAAUAUUAGUCCAGCUCUCGGCACAUGACACCUUGAUCCUCUCCCAGCCUGUGUGUACACCCUUACCUCUCAGCGGGGCGGACUACGGCACUCUGCUGAUGAAUCUGGGCUCUGAGAACUGUGCCACACUGCUGCACUUUGUCCUGAUGGAGAACAAGAUCCUGCUGCACUCGCUGCGGCCCGCUGUGCUCACCGGAGUGGCCGAGGCCGUUGUGGCUAUGAUCUUUCCCUUCCAGUGGCAGUGUCCCUAUAUCCCCCUGUGCCCGCUGUCUUUAGCACAAGUCCUCAACGCUCCUUUGCCAUUUAUCGUGGGUGUGGACUCGCGCUACUUCGACCUCUACGACCCCCCGCCAGAUGUUGUCUGUGUAGAUCUGGACACCAACACUAUCUACCUGUCUGAUGAGAAGAGACACAACAACUGGAAGAAUCUCCCAAAGAAGCCCUGCAAGAGUCUCAUGAACUCGCUGAGCAACUUGCACCACCAGCUGGCCGCCGUUGCAGUACGCCAAACUUCACAAGAAAGCUCAGCAGUGGACAUGACCCCCAUCGAGGCUGACUUCACCUGGCACAAGAAGAAGACGGCCCUGGAGAUGGAAAUCCAGGAGGCCUUCCUCCGAUUUAUGGCCUCCAUCCUGAAGGGCUACCGCUCCUACCUCAAACCCAUCACUCAGGCGCCCUCGGAGAAGGCCACAGCUGCAGACUCCCUUUACGAUCUCCAAGGUUUCCUGAAAAGCAGAGACCGUGCACACCAGAAGUUCUACUCCCAGCUCACCAAGACUCAGAUAUUCAUACGCUUCAUCGAGGAGUGCACCUUUGUCAGUGACAAGGACACUGGCCUGGCAUUUUUCGACGACUGCGUGGAGAAGCUUUUUCCCUCUGAUAAAAUCACGGACAAGGGCACCAAGGUUGAAGGGGAGUCAUCUGAGGACACACGGCUGCUAGAGCUGGACGAGUCCCAGAAGAGCGAGCACACUGUCUUUGUGAUGCCCCCUGAACCUCAAGUUGUUGAUGGAUCUGAACCUGCCGCUAAAUACACCUAUAAAAGUUUCCCAAGGCUGCACAUGGGGCUGUUUGACCGUCCUAAAGAGUUACGGCCAGCCAUUACCAGCAGAACAGCAGGGGCUAGUCUGUCCAGCAGCCCUGCACUGCUAGCUAAAAGGACAAAGCAGGAGAUCAAGCUAGCAUACAAGAUGGCUAAGCGGUUCUACUCCAACCCUCCUCAGUGGGCCCGGUGUCUAUACAGUCACUGCUACAGCCAGUGGUUCAUCUGCCUGCCUGCAGCUGUGCAACUUGCAAAGUCCAAAAGCCGCGCCAUGCAACAGGCAUACAACAUCCUGCUGAAGAUGAGGACCACUGAGGUGGAGGUGUUGGAUGAGGUGUGUUACAGAGUGGUGAUGCAGCUCUGUGGUGUGUGGGGUCUUCCUGUUAUGGCUGUGAGAGUCCUGGUUGAGAUGAAGAAAGCUGGAGUUCACCCGAAUGCCAUCACAUAUGGAUACUACAACAAGGCCGUCUUAGAGAGCCCGUGGCCGAGCAGAAACCGAAGUGGCCUCUUCAUGUGGACGAAGGUUCGUAAUGUGCUCCGUGGAGUUGCACAGUUCAAGCAAGUUCAAGACCGAACAUCUUCCAAGAAGGGAGCCACACUUAGCACCACAGACGAAAAGGAAGGGUCAGCAGUCACUGACGUUGACCGUUUGAGUCAUGGGAGUGCUGACAGUUCAAGUGAGGUUAACGGUGAGGAACACAACCUGUUUGCCCACAGCCACAGCCUGGAGGACACCACAGACAACCACUGCAGCACAGGAAGGCAGUCUGAUCAAGGCUACGGCUCAAAGGAUGAGUUACACCAGGAGCUGGCAGAGCCUUCACGUUCAGCCCUGCUUCCUGCUGUGGAGAGAAACAAUUCCAAAGCACAACACAAUGGAGGCGACAUUGCUGGCUCGGUGGACAGUGCUGUAGCGGUGACAGAGCCUCCAAGUCCUGUUGAGGCGCUCUCAUCUGUCCCCAGUAUUGUGAAGCUGUCCACAGGGAGCUUUGAUGCUGGCAGGGAAACAGGCACAGGGAAGCUCUUCAGGAGGCAAAGCAAGACUGAUAGCGUGUCUCUCCCAGGUGACGAUGCCCCAAUGGCAUCAGGGGAUUCAGCAAACCAGCCUCAACAGCAGCGGCAGAAGUCCUUUGCAGAGCGCAGCUGUAGCUUCAGCGCUGAAAGCCGCGCUGGGAUGCUACUAGAAAAGGGCGUUGAUCACAUGGCCAGUCAGAUGGGUGCUGAUGCACGAAUUCUGGCUGCUGCACUCUGUGCAGGCCAAAGUCCACCUCCUAAUAGCGUGUCCAAAGCACUUUUCAAAGACCUGGAGGAAGAGCCUGAAGAGGAUCAGGGACUCAUACUGGGGAAGCUGCAUGAGGAAGAGGGAACUGAAGCAGCAGCAGAAAGGAAAGAAGAAGAUAGUGAGUCAGAGCGGACUGAGGUCAAAGUGGAGAAACGAGAGAGGAAACACACUGAGACACUUGAGGACGAGUCUAUUCUCAAAGGAGCGGCAUUGGAGAGGGAAGACGUGAAGGCUGGAGCUGACCCACUUUCCCUCCUGGUAACUGAGAGCGAAGAAUCAGCCUCCGUCACCAGCCAGGAGCCGGUGCGCUCCGUGCCUGCUGUGGUGUCUCGCAACCUGGCCGAGGAGAUUGAAAUGUACAUGAGCCUGAGGAGCCCCCUGGGUGUGAAGUCCUCCAGCAUGGAGCUCCAACAGGCUCAGGAAGACUCUGCUGAUCCCCCACAGCCCAAACCGUCUCUGGAACGCAGGUCCAGCCUUCCAGUGCCUCCUAUCAAAACUCCAACAGGCUCCCCGGGGGAUACACCCAAACGCAGCCCCAACACCGUCACUCGCUCCAAGACUUUUGCAGUAAAGACAAAAACUCCUGCAAGCGCUGCGGGAAGCCCGGGACCUAGAUCAGCCUCGCUGACGGCACUGGUUAAGUCCUCCCAGGGAGGGUCUUUGGGCUCUGUCAUCAACUCCAUUUCAGGCAUCAAGAUGGACAACCUCUUGUCUGGGCCUAAGAUUGACGUACUCAGGUCCAGCAUGAAGCAGGCGGCUAAUGUGGCCAGCAAAGUGUGGGGGGCAGUCGCUUCAGCGUACUCCUACUCUGAUGACGAGGAUGAAAACGCUCAGGGAGGAGGCGGCUUCCCGACUCGUCUGGAUGAAAACAUGUUGGCUGACCAUGAAGUGGACGACAGUCCUGAGAGAGGAAUCAUCCCAGGGUUGGUGGCAAACGGCCUGAACCAGAGCUGCACCAGCCUGGGGAGCAGCAGUGGCAGCAGCGACACAGGCCGAGGGACACAUCAGACACAUCCAACUCCAGGACGGGUAGGAAGAGGUCCAGACUCUGAGCAGGGCUCCUCACAUCAUGCCUCCUCCUCCAGUAUUUUCCAGAACUGUGCCCUCGAGGUGCUGAUGUCCAGUUGCUCUCAGUGCCGCUCUUGUGAAGCUCUGGUGUACGAUGAGGAGAUCAUGGCUGGCUGGACAGCUGAUGACUCCAACCUGAACACCAACUGUCCUUUCUGUCGCACAGCCUUUCUUCCCUUACUGCAUGUGGAGUUUCAUGACUUGCGCACAAUGACCGGGUUCUACAUGAAUCCCAGUGCUUCAGGAGACAGCAUCCACAGCACCAGUGCCCAGCCUACAGCCAGCAGCUCAGCUGAUAUCAAGACACCAGACCUUAUCAGUUCCCCCGAGGAGGAACCUAAGGAGAGUCCAGAUAGUCGAUCUGGAACACAUAAGAGUUUGAUUCCAGAGCCUGUGCAGUGUGACCCUCUGGGUCUCCUGGAGCACCAGGCUGCGGGGAAGCAGCCGAAAUGCAGUGGGACAUCACUGACUCGCAGCAACAGUGUUGGCGGGCCGCUGCAGGGCCUGGACUACUCCCAGAGACCUGGACAUGGUGUGUCCACUACCAGUCUGCCCUGCAGUCUGCAAGAGGUGUCGGAUGGCAUGGGGACCAAACGGCCAAACCCGAAGCCUGUAUCCGUCCCGUACCUCAGUCCCUUGGUGCUGCGUAAAGAGCUGGAGACCCUGUUAGAGAAUGAGGGAGAUCAGGUCAUAUACACCCACAAAUUCCUGAGCCAGCAUCCCAUCAUCUUCUGGAACCUGGUGUGGUAUUUCCGUCGCCUGGACCUGCCCAGUCACUUACCUGGCCUCAUCCUCACGUCUGAACACUGCAACAAAGGAGUACAGCUGCCCCUGACAUCACUCUCACAGGACAGUAAGCAGGUUUACAUCCAGCUUCUGUGGGACAACAUCAACCUGCACCAGGAUCAGGGAGAGCCUCUGUACCUGCUCUGGAGGACAUUUAUGGAGAAGAAGGGGACGCUGGCUCCGACAGAUCACCAGGAGAUUCGUACCCUCCUCAACACGAUAGUUCGCAACAUCCAGACCAAUGACGUCUACGGGCCGAUCAACCUGUUGAUCCGAGAGAUCAAACGGCGUCCAGAGGGGGUCAAACGGCAAAGGAGCAUCUAUAGAGAAAUAUUGUUCCUCUCACUCGUUGCCUUGGGAAGGGAAAACAUCGACGUAGAGGCCUUCGACAGGGAGUACCGCCUGGCUUACGAUGAACUGAGCGCCGAGCAGCUCAAGUCCUUGCACUGCAUCGAUCGACCCCCCAUUCCCAGUGUGCAGUGGUGCCUGAAAUGCUUUGGGGCCCCCAUCAUCUGAUCUCCAACAUGGAUGGGAACUCUGUGCUGUCAGAUGUAACAGCAAGAGGGAAGGAGAGUUGGCUGGGGAAAUGAUUUAGAAAUGAAACACUUCCAAUCACCCAAACAUGGUACUAUUUCAUCCCCUUGUCUUAGAAGAAGCUCAUUUUCUGCUUUUUUUUACAACCUGUUGCCUUUUACUGGCUCACCAAACCCCUCUGUUAAGACGGACUGGUUGUGUAAAAGGGUUGGAAAGCUGUAGUGAAUCUUUUGGGACUAUUAGGCCCGUGUUUCUUUAAUGAUGGUGUAUAGAGAGAUAAAUUGCUGUACAGAAUGUAUUGACUGCCUCGAUGGUGUAGUUAUAUGAGUGUGUCUAAGUUUAUGUGUAAAAACAGUCAGUUCUCUAUCUUCACCUUUUUGCCUUUUUACACUAAAAGUGCUAAUGAACCCAGGAUUAGAUCAGUCUAAGUUGUUUGAGAGCACACACAGACCCUGACUGUCCCUUUGUGCAUUUUCCAAAAAGCAACUUAACCUGUCCCUUUGUACAUAUGGGUUACUAGGGGAGGGAGGGGGUCGCAGCAAGUCUUGAUGCAUUGGCUGUUUUUGUGUGCUCUAAGUCUUAAUGAAUGUUUCCUUUUGCUUCACUAUAGAUGUGCAGGUUCAGAGCGGGGCGCUCUCUCUCUGUCUGUGUAAAUAGGAAUUGGAAGCAGGAGAAGUAAAUCUGGGUAAUUUAGACAAUCUGUAAUCAUCUAUCACUAAAAAAAAGGUUCAGCAACAUUCCAGAUGCCCUUUCAUUCAAAUAAGGUCUUAAAGAAAUAUUAUAAAUCCUUUCAAUAACACUGAACUGAUUUUAGAAGAAGCCAUUCGGACGGAGAGUGUGGUGUAGAGGCAUGCCCACAUGUAAACACUAGACACAUGAUCUCUUGCAGGGAAAGCCAGCCUUUGUGAUGGAGCUAUCAGUCCUACUUCUGUUUUUAAUAUCUGCUUUUUUUAACAGUAACAAAGUGUACUUGUUCAGCUAACAUGACUUAUUGUAAUAGUCAAUUAGAUCUGUCACUUACAUAUACCGGGGCUACUUCCUACUCUAGCAUAGACUGAAGCAGUACGAUUUUUUUUAUGUUUUGUGGAAAGGAUUGCUUUUAUGGUUUACACUAUGUAGCUUUGGAUAAAAGUAGUAGCAAUUAGAGCUUUAUAUUGCAAAGGGCUACUUCAGUACUGCUGACACUGUGUUCAUUAUACAACGUGACAUUCCACUUAAUGCUGAAACAGACAGGAAAAAAGCAGCUGCAAUGAACUGUUGGGAAAUGGGUGUAGAUAGAACGCCUGAUAGUUGAUCUUAUUGUAGAGUUGGGAGAGUGCCUUGUACAGAAACGAUGAUAUUGUGAAAUAUUCAAUUUGCACUGCAUAGAUUAAAACCUGACCUAAACCCAGGAGGAGAACGAAUUGAGACCUUUACAAAAUAUUAUCAUGAGACAGUUGUUUUUCUCCAAAACAAAAAGAAAUGCUCAAUUAUUUAUUUUUGUAUUAUUGACAUUCUGAUUGCAGACAGUGUAGUACCUUAGCAUUUGUAUGACUAACAAUCCCCCUUUUCCCCGUAAAUCUUUCUCCUCCCUGUACUGACUUUGUAAAUUUCACCUCUCUAUGACGGAGGAUGUACAGAAGAGACUGUUCUUUAACAAUAGAUUAAGUGAUCUCUUACCGUCCUGUGGAAGGAACUGAAUGUCUACACAAAAGUGCGCUGCAAUAAAAGAGUUUGUGAAAUGAUUGAUAA